AUGUUUUAUAAAAUUAGUACAAAGAAGACGCCAUUGUCGUCCCUGAUUAUGUCACUUCCGGAAGAUGUUAUCAUUGAUAUCUUAGCGCGUGUACCGAGAUGUGACUAUCCAAAACUCUCCCUCGUUUCAAAGCACUUCCGAUCACUCGUUGUAUCCCCUGAACUAUAUGCGAGACGAUCCUUGUUAGGCUGCACCGAACACUGUCUCUAUGCUGUAAUCUUUAACAACGAAACCAAGGAUUUCCAUUUGUAUAUCCUCCGCCCGAAAAACAACGGCAAUCGUUGCUUGGUCCUUAUCCCUUCGCUUCCCACUAUGUGUUAUGGUGUAAGUUUUGUCGCUGUGGGUCCGAGGAUAUAUAUGUUUGGUGGGGACCAGAAGAAUAUGGCGUCAAGCAUCGACUGCAGAUCUCACAUGGUGCAAACCCUCCCAAGCAUGCCUGUGCCCAUGUCUUUUACGAUCGCUGGCAGCAUCGACGGGAGAAUCUACGUAAUUGGAUAUCGCGAUUACAAUAGAUGGAAUAAUGUGAUGGUGGUAUUUAAUACAAAAACACAAAUGUGGGAGCCUGAGAUUAUAAAGAUAGACAUUGAGCUACGUUCCAUGUGGAGCAAGUGGUCGUAUGGUUGUGUGGUGAUGGCUGAUAAGCUAUACAUGAGGGAUGAUAAGAACAGCUUUAUUUACGACCCAAAGAAGAGUAAAUGGGAAAGGGACGAGAGGUUGAAUUCUAAGAAGUGGAAGUGUGCAUGUGUAGUUGAUGACGUAUUGUACUACCACGAUACGUACAAGAACGAGGUAAGAGCUUAUGAUCCAAAGCAAAAACGUUGGAGUGUGGUGAAAGGUUUGGAAGAGUUGUUGUCUGAGACGACAAAUUCGUGGUACUCGGAUAUUAUGUGUUGCGGUGGGAAACUGGCUUUGUUUUUUCCUAAAAUAAUUAUCAAAACUAAACAAAAUGAGGUUUGGUGUGCGGAGAUUUCGCUUAAAAAACACCGAGGAGAGAUUUGGGGUAGAGUUGAGUGGUAUGAUAAUGUUUUGACUGGGAAUUGUUGCGUAACGAAACCUUUAACUGUUAUGGUCUGA